AUGUCAAAGCAAACACAUAAUAAUAAUAAUAAUUAUAAAAAUUCUAAAGUCACACCUAAAAAAACAAAUUCUCCUAUCACAACUAAAAAACAUAAUUCUACAACAACUAAACCUACCACAACUAAACCAAAUAAUUUUAAAACAACCAAACGUGAUAUCAAAAAAGAAAUACCAAAAAAUAGUAAAGCAGAUCUUAAAAGUAGUGAUAUUAAAAAGAAAAACCAAACCAAAAAGUGUCAAGUAUGUCGUAAACAAAUCGGGGAUGGAACUCAUUGUCAAUACCACAAGAGAGAAGAAGCACUUAAACUUCAAUUAGAACAGUACAGAAAGAGAAAAGACCAAUUCGGUAUAGAUCUGAUCGAGAAGAACUCUCAACUCAAUGGACAAGACCAAUACAACCCAUUACAACCAACAUCUGGUUUUGAUGCCAUUGGACUGGCUGCCAAAGCCAAGACCCUCUCAAAAUUUUAUGACAUAUGUGUAGCGAGUGGGUACCUUGAUACAAUCGAAACUAUCAUGGAUGCAAACUCAAAAGGAAAGAAGCUUGCCGAUAUUAGAAAAAGAGCAAUAGAACUCGCCAGUCUUGUCACAACCGAUACCAAGGUGGUUCGAAUGAUGGAUGGACAUGGAAGAUUGGUUCUUAAUUUCUUUGGUGAGGUUAUAAAGCAACAUAAAAGAGAUCGUCUUAACAAGUUGGUAAUCGAGCUUGUUGACAAUGUUAAAAAUGUCACAGAAUAUCAUAAAUCGUUUUUCUACACCGAAGGGCGUACCAUGAUCAAUUGUAUCAAUGCUGACAUCUUCCAACGACCAGUUCCAGAUGCCGACACUCUGGUGUAUUACAACUUUUGUGGAAUCUCUCCAUCAGUCGAUAGUAUGAAGGCUCGUCUCAAGGUCUCUCCUGCCACCCUUAUGGUCUCUUUCUCAGUGGCUCGUGGUGCUUCCACCAAGAACUUUGGAGCUCAACUCUCCUUAGCCGUAGUACACAUAAAAGAUAGAUGUUUUACAUAUUUAAAAACGGAAAGAGAAGACUUCAAGACAAUGAUCCUUCGAGUUUUUUCCAAGAGCAAGAAGGCAAAUAAGUUAAUUGGUAUAUUGAAAAAGGAUGAAUAUAUUAAACUUGACAGUGGACUAUAUAAGAAUAAGGUUGGACAGUUUAUUAAUUUCACACCCCCAUUUAUCAACAUUAAAUAUGAAAUCAAGGACGUACCUACAAGAGUUGGUUGGGAUGUCAUUGUUUAUUAA